UGUUCAUAACAAAGAUGGAUGCAUUACCACUCUCAUUAUUCUACAACGUAAUUUUACGCUGCGACCAUUGAAUCAAGUGCAAUUACGUGGUGCAAAGUUAAACAUGACCGCCUCCACUCCAAAGAAGUAAUAAGUGCGCUGUGCGUUGAACGAACGUCAUUCGAUCGUCAGUCAUCACUCGGCUUGCGUCGCGCGAUGAAACCGUAUCGAAACCUUCCAGAAACUCGCGAAUUUCAACUGUAAAACGAAUUGGUAACCACACGACAACCGCCUAGAAUGUACAACCAGACUGGGUAAGCCCAAUAACAAUCGAAUUACGGCCUCAACCAACCCACCGACGCUUGUCGAUUUGAAUGAAAAAACCCACGAUGAAGGUGAAACUGUACGCAAUCGGCUGCGUGCUGUUCCUGCUCGUCCUGCUGAACCUGGUUUCAACCGAAAAGGACAUCACGAAGCAGGUACCGGCAUCUUCGGCACCCUUAAACUCGACAACAGUAGCAGAAAUUUUGAAACUUGACAACGCCACUGCUACAAACAGCAGUAUACCAGCGGAUAAGAAAAAUAAUUCAACUGAUGACAGUAUUGUUAAAGACAAAGAUACUUCUACUACCUUGAAACCAGUUGCUGCAACUGGGAAUAAUGCAACAGAUGCACCUAUACCUGCACCUGUACCAUCUUCAACAUCAACAUCAACAACUACAACCACCACAACCAGUACAACCACAACAACAACAACAACUACACCUAAACCAACAACCCCAGCUUCAAAUGUAACUGUAGCCAAUAUUACAUCAACUGCAGCUCCAUUAGACCCUGUCCUACCAGACAAGGGAGCUGCUGAAGAGGAGCACAAUUCAUCAAUGGCGAUAUUCUUCGUCCUGUGCGUCCUGGCGCUUGGAAUACUUCUGAUUCAUCUUAUGCUGCACACUGGUUUCCAGUAUGUGCCUGAAUCAAUCGUUAUUGUCUUCCUGGGCGCUUUGAUUGGCCUUGUGAUGAACGACUUAUCAGACAGGAACAUCUCAAACUGGCGACAAGAAGAAGCCUUUUCCCCAACAGCAUUCUUCUUGAUUCUUCUACCUCCGAUUAUUUUCGAAUCCGGCUACAAUCUGCACAAGGGUAACUUUUUCCAGAACAUCGGAUCCAUUUUGGUCUUUGCCAUUUUGGGCACGACCAUAUCCGCAUUCAUCAUUGGAUUCGGUAUUUAUUUUCUCGGAAUAGCAGACGUGGUAUACAAACUAGGAUUUAUCGAAUCCUUUGCAUUUGGAUCGUUGAUUUCUGCUGUGGAUCCAGUUGCAACUGUGGCGAUCUUCCACGCAUUGAAUGUUGACCCAGUGCUGAAUAUGUUGGUCUUUGGUGAGAGUAUUCUCAACGAUGCCAUUGCGAUUGUGUUAACCACGGCUGUAUUGGAAAGUAAUGAUCCGGGAACAUCAACUGGCGAAGCAAUAAUGACAGGUAUCAAUAGAUUUUGCAUGAUGUUCUUUGCAUCAGCUGGAAUUGGUGUGCUGUUUGCUUUAAUCAGUGCGCUAUUAUUGAAACACAUUGAUUUACGGAAGAAUCCGUCCCUGGAGUUCGGUAUGAUGUUGGUCUUCACCUAUGGUCCUUAUGUCCUGGCUGAGGGUAUACAUUUAUCCGGAAUCAUGGCGAUUUUAUUCUGUGGAAUUGUAAUGUCACACUAUACACAUUACAAUCUUUCAACAGUUACACAGAUCACCAUGCAGCAGACUUUAAGAACUUUGUCGUUUAUUGCCGAGACAUGCGUGUUUGCUUAUCUUGGACUAGCUCUGUUUAGUUUUGAGCAUCGUGUUGAACCGGCCCUCAUCAUCUGGAGUCUUAUUUUAUGCCUGAUUGGCCGAGCAUGUAAUAUCUUCCCAUUGGCGAUACUGGUUAACAAAUUCCGCGAGCAUCAAAUAACCAAGAAGAUGAUGUUUAUUAUGUGGUUCUCUGGUUUGAGAGGCGCGAUUUCCUACGCGUUGUCGUUGCAUUUGAACUUUAGUGAUGAGACACGCAAGGUGAUCAUCACAACGACGUUGAUUAUUGUGCUGACUACGACGUUGCUCUUUGGCGGAUCAACAAUGCCGCUGUUGAAGUUUAUGCAAGCGACCAAGAAUCCGUCCAGGAGGUUGAGGAAGCGCAAGCGGGACAGGGAGGUAACGCUGAGUAAGACGCGUGAAUGGGGCCAGGCGAUUGACUCGGAGCAUUUGUCGGAGACGACGGAGGGUGAGAUGGAUGUUUCGUUUGCUUCGUCGAGGAUUAAGGGAUUUGCGAAAUACGAUUUGAAGUAUUUCAUUCCUUUCUUUACGAGGCGGUUUACGCAACAGGAAUUGAAAGAUUGUAAAAGUCAAAUGACCGACUUGACCAACCAAUGGUACCAGGCGAUCAGGAUCUCGCCGGACCAGUCGGACGAGGAGCCGGUGGUGAACACGCCACGAUCGAGCAUAUCCAGCAUCGUCCGCUGACAGCCGCCGCCUCCACAACCGCCGCCCGCGUGCAUAGAGACGGAAGCGUCGCCGCUGGUCGGACGCCGCGUCUAACGGACGCAGAUCUUACGCGUUUUAUCUAGUUUUCUACUUGCUUUCGUCACGUGCUCACAGUGGGUGAAUGUAAAUACAAAAUUUGUACGCGUUGGUUUUUACAAAAAGUUUAGAUGUGACACACCACGUACUUUUCGAUUGUUGUAUUGACGCGGAGCAUCAGGGGUCGAAAUAAUUAAUUAAGUAUUUAGCUAAUUUAGCGAAGAUUACCAAAACUACCAAAGUAUUUAACUAUAUUUACGAAUGCCACACACACAGUUGAAAUGACAGGGUUUAUGACUAUACAACAUCCAGCCAGACCAUACAAAAACAUAAUUACAGGAGAUAUACUUUUUUACGCCUCGACAUGAUAACACGUAUAAAAUGAAUUAUUACUUUUUACUGUCUGCAUAUACCUAUGAACGAGUAUUUUUUACAUUUACAAGAUGUCGCCGCACAGUCAGUUUAUUCACGAUGUGAUAAAACCUAUUCUAUUGUAAUUAUAAAUCGGUGAUAUCGAAUGGGAAGUUGCAGUCUACUGCAAUUGUAUUUAUAUUUGUGUGAUAAGCCUAAGUCACUAUCAUUGUACUACUUUAUUGUUUAUAGAGGCGUGAUUAUAUCUUAAAACGACGGAGCGAUAUGAGAUGUGAGGUGUUUGCAAUGCUUUUGCAAUGGAUGCAAACUAUUGAUUGUGAUGACACGAGAGUUGUGUUAGUUAUUUUAUUGUUAGCAGUAUUUGGCGCAAAUUAGCGUAUGGAAUUUACUUUACGUUGAAUAAAAACGAUGAAAGACAAA